UUUAAUUUCCCUCAAGUUCUUUGAUAUUUUUGCAUUGCAGCGAAGAGAGCGAUAAAGGGGUUAAAGAGAAAGUGAAUCAGUAUGGAAGAAAAUGAUCACGGCAACAGAGACGUGGUGGAGCGGCAGGAGUCGGCGGAUGAAUCAAACAGAGCCAUCCUUCCCCUCCUACAGGCGCCGGGGAACCAGCAGAUCCCUCACCGGGUCACCAAUUUCUUCAUCGACAACAUCCUUCGACCGGAUUUCGGACGGAAAAAGGACGGAGGCGCAAACCGCGAAGAGAGUAGCCUGGCAUCGCGGGAGAGCCACAGCAGCCCCGACGCCCCUCAGACCGAGCCAGUGGGGAACACGGUGCAGGCGGAGGGGACCUCCACUCCACACACGGUUACCGGGACCAAGAAGCCCGCUAUAGCCGCCGAGGAGCCCCUGAAACCCCGCGGGGAGAGCGGAGACCAGUGCCUAAGCUCAGACUCAGACAGUUCCCAAGCCAGCUCGAACCCAGCCCAGUCUCAGUCCAUGCUGUGGCCAGCCUGGGUCUACUGCACCAGAUACUCGGACAGGCCCUCUUCAGGGCCAAGAUCUCGCAAACCAAAGAAGAAAACAACCAGCAAAGAGGACAAGCGACCACGGACGGCCUUCACAGCAGAACAGCUGCAAAGACUAAAAUCGGAGUUUCAGACAAAUCGGUAUCUGACCGAGCAGAGGCGGCAGAACCUGGCGCAGGAGCUCGGCCUGAACGAGUCCCAGAUCAAGAUCUGGUUUCAGAAUAAGAGGGCCAAAAUCAAGAAGGCCAACGGCGCUAAAAACUCUCUGGCCUUGCACCUGAUGGCACAGGGACUGUACAAUCACGCCACCGUCACGUCGAAAGACGAAAAAUCAGACAGCGAUUGAUUUCCAGAGAAGUCACAGCAGCCUCCUGACGAAAAAGACCCUACAGUAAUCCUAUGAUAGAUUUUAUAGAGAUAGCACUGCAAAACUCUACCUACAGGAAUAUUUAAAGACACAACAGCAGAUAAAAGUUCUAUUUCUAUCACUAUACUGUUGAAUCACCAGUUACAUUACAGAAAAUAACAAAUAAGGUCAUUGGACUAAGAGUCCCUACAGGAAUAUUUAAUGGUACCAUGGUCUCUAUUGGUUCCUAUAGGAGUAUUAUAGCGAUUUUUCGUUAUAUGGGAGGUUUUGCAAGCCUACAAUGCAAUAAUUUCAUCAAAUAAAAGGGCCAGUGGAGUAUACCAGCAUAAAUUGUUUAAAAAGAAAAUAAGAGAGAUAUUUCUGCAAUAUCACGUCUAUAAAAGAUGUUGUAUAAAGGUAUGUUUUCAUUGUUUGUCGCCCCCCCCCCAGGAGGUACAAAUGCUUACACCCAUAAUUUUUCUAUAUAGGCCUACCGCUAUCCAUGAUUGUCAUAAUUUUACAUUGAACUAACUGGCACUUGACGUUUCGAUCUGUCAGCGAAGUGAACAAACUGAAGUCCAAAGAAUAUUUUUCUGCUGCAUCCAGGCUACUGUGAAUUUAAAUAAAUGCUAACAGGAGUUUUAUUUCCAUGCUUGUUGGUUUCCUUGGUUGUGUUUUAAUGUUUAAAAAAAACGGACCGAGGAAGGUGUUUUUCUAGUGUCAGUUGACCUAAUUGGGCAGACAAUGAAUUUUGAUACAUUUUUUUAAAAGAAAAAAAUAAUCACAGGAACCGUUUGUUAUUAUAAGUGACAGAGAAGUAGCGACUUUUUUCUAACACACCACUGAACUAAAAUGCUAAGUUAGGCCUUGCUUAUAUGUAUGUGGUCGUCUCAUAGUCUUUCAACAGAUAUUAUGUGCGUAUUACUUUCGUCAAUGCAUCAGUGCAGCUAUUAUAGUUUUUAACUAGCAAUAUAAAUCAUUUUUGUAGCUUACUGAUUUGAAGGCUAUAAUGCUGCCUAUAAAGUCACAGAACAACUCUGUAGCAUAAAGACAAUGGCAACCAUUCUGCGCACUCUUGAGUAUAGACUAUAAAAGCAGGUUAUUGGAUGUUCUUGUUAAAUCUUUCUCUAUAUACAGUUUAUUACAUAUCCAUUUAUCAUUAAAGAAGGCAAAUCCAUCAGUGACUGUAUUACAAAUGUUGGAAAUCUCUGGUCGUUGUUGAAAGGACUUCAUAUGUGUAUUUAUAUAGAUUAUAUUGAGAAAAAAAAUCUAUCCAAUGGCCAGUGUUGCUUUAGAGUAGAUAUCUGAGGUGUUUACACUGCUUGUUUAUCUUGCAAUAACUUCUUUUUGUUUCCUUUUUUUGUGAAUGAAAAUAGUUUAUGGGGCCUUUGCAUGAAAGCUGCAAUUUGUUGUACUUGGGCAAAUAACUGUGUUUAUAAACUUUGGUCUUUAUCGACAGAAGUAUGAUCGAGCUAAGUUUUAGACUGUAUCCAUACCAAAUUGUGGACUUUUUGCCUUUCAAAGUGUUUUUUGUUGUGUAUCUGCAAAAAGUGUGUGUGAAUUAAAAUCCACCAAACAGAAACACACUUUGCCUUAAAGUUCAAGUGUGAACUUUUUAUGAAACAGAACUGUGCCGAAUCAGAGAAGCAGU